AUGCGCCGACCCGAAACCUUCAAGAUUGAUAUCCUUAUGUACAAGGGAACCUAUGAAGGUUUCCUCUUGAGAUGGUUUGUCGAGUUAGACGACGCCAUUAGGGCCCGUCACAUUGAGAUUGACAAGAUGCAAGUCGCCUUCACUCUGUCAAAUUUGACAGGACGAGCAAAGACUUGGGUCUUAGGGCUCAAGCUUCACGACCCAAACGUGUUUGAGUCGUUGAAGAUCUUGAAGUCUCGUCUUGAAGAAUCGUUUGAGCCGCCACGAGCCGAGUUCAGGACACGCUCUGCACUCCUGAGGCUCAAAGAAGGUAAGCGUGAUGUGCACGCUUACGCACAACACCUACGCUACCUUGCGAGCAGCGUCACGGAAUACCCUGUUGAUGAGCACACGCUCACUAACGGCUUCAUCUACGGUCUUUUAGAUGGGUCGGUGAAGACCUAA